UGCCUCUCUUUCUCUUUUGUAGUUAUCUCUCUCUCUCUCUCUCUUGUUGGGUUUCUCUUUCACAUUCUCUCUGUCUUGGCAAUUCAAGAGCUUGAAGCAGCAGGGAUGAUGGUGGAUCUCCAGACUGUCUGCUGCAUGUGUGGCGACGUGGGCUUCCCCGACAAGCUCUUCCGCUGCAACAAAUGUCGGAACCGCUUCCAGCACUCGUAUUGUAGUAAUUACUACAGCGAACUUGCGGAGCCGAUUGAACUGUGCGAUUGGUGCCAAAGUGAGGAGAGGAACACAAGGCAAGGAAGCUCUUCAAAGAAAUCUGCAGCUCUAAACGACGUCGGAGUGACAAGCCGGUCGGAGUACUCCGGCGACAAAAUCAAGCAGCAUGAUCGGGAAGAGACCGCCGAGAAGGGAAAGAGCCCGACACCUUCCCCACGGACGGCUACCCGCAGGUACAAGCUUCUCAAGGAUGUAAUGUGUUGAUGAUCAAAAAAAAAAAAAAAAACAGGAAAAAAAAUCCUAUUGUGUUCAUAGUAGCAAAAUGUUAAUUAUAUAUGUCGUUUGUGGGUGUUGUUUUUGAGUUUUUGAAGGAGUUUUGUUUGUGGUUUGGUUUUCAGUAAGUUGUUAAUAAAAUAAUGUAACCUUCUCAAUCA